CCGAGUAUUCCUCAACAUAACUACCAUUAUUUCAACAACAAAGCUGUACAACAACAAUAACAAAACAAUAGAAAAUGGGGCAGACAGUUUCUCAUCAAUAUGGAGGUAUUUAUAGCCCGGAUCCGCAAAUGACGUAUUGUCCAAAAUGCGACCAAUAUACCCUCACCAGAGUUAAUUAUGUUAUGGGUCCCGUGGCAUGGUAUACGGUCAUUGUGUUCACUCUUGUUAAUCCGUUUGUCUGCUGCAUUUUCUUUCCAUGCAUUUUUUUGCCGUUCGUUACUAAUUGUUGGAAGGAUGCUCAACAUCAUUGUAGUGUAUGCAAUUUGUAUCUUGGCAAAUUUGUACGUCAACUGGAAAACCGUAGAUAUGGAGGGACAACUGUUGUGGUUCAUCAACCUCCGAUUCCUCCUCGUCAGCCUCCUCAACCUCAAGUUCAACCUGUUAUACUUGCUUCUGCUCCUCCAAUUCAAGCUUAUACUCCGCCAACAAGUCCGCCGCCGUAUCCGCCAACUAGUCCGCCGCCGUAUCCACGAUAAGAAUAAAAAGGACGAACGUAGGGAUAGAGUAGAUAAACAUUGUUGUUGUAGUUGUGUUUUUCUCUUAAAAUAAUAUAUACAAGCUCUAAUGUUUUUCCG